CCGGUUUGUCUUCGAGGCUUUUAGAAAACCUCUCACAACAUUAGCUCUUGCUUUCGUGAAAGCAAAAAGUGAAGCUCGUAUAUGUGUGUAUAUAUGUCUCAGUGGUGCUGACGAAUCGAUCUCACGUUGCUACAAGCAAGGAGAGACGAGAUGGAGAGGCUACCGGGCUUGAACGUAGCUAACUUCCUAGAGAAGCGCCAGCUACUCAUCGCGAUCAAUUGUAUCGCGGCGCUGUCCAUCUUCUUCUUUGGAUAUGACCAAGGUAUGAUGGGCGGUGUGAACAACGCCAAGGAUUAUAUCGAUCUUAUGGGCUUUGGCUAUGUCGACCCAGUGACAGAAGAGCCCAUCGUCACCGACAGCCUGCUUCAAGGCGGAAUCGUCUCUGUGUAUUACUUGGGAACUUUGUUCGGCUGCCUUGGCGGAGGAUGGGUUGGCGACAAAGUUGGUAGAAUCAAGACUAUCGCUUUGGGAGCCGUCUGGGCUAUCGUGGGUGCCAGCUUGCAGUGCUCAGCCCAGAACCAUAAGUGGAUGAUCUGCGCUCGGGCUGUUAACGGAAUUGGAACUGGUAUUCUCAACGCCAUUGUCCCAGUCUGGGCAACUGAGACAGCGGAACACACCUCGAGAGGCCAGUUCAUAGCCAUUGAGUUCACGCUGAACAUUUUCGGUGUUGUCGUCGCCUAUUGGCUCGAGUUUGGUUUGUCAUUCGUCGACAACGGUGAUUCGGCAAUCCGGUGGCGAUUCCCCAUCGCCUUCCAGAUUAUUCCUCUCCUUAUAUUGCUAGCUUCGGUUUGGUUCUUCCCCGAGUCACCGAGAUGGCUUGUUAAGGCUGGGCGCGUCGAAGAAGCUCGAUUCAUCUUGCAUCGUCUGCGAGGAUCUACCGGAGAAGACCGUGAGAGGGCAGAAGUGGAGUUACAUGACAUUAACAACAUCGUUGCACUCGAGUCCAAAGAGUCCAAGAAGAACUCGUAUCUGCAUAUGCUAUUCGGCAUCGGUUCAGGAGAGCUUCACACCGGAAGACGUGUACAACUCGUCAUCUGGCUUCAAAUUAUCCAAGAAUGGGUCGGCAUCGCGGGAGUCACGAUCUAUGCGCCCACCAUUUUCCGCAUAGCUGGCUUUGACACGUUUAAGAGCCAAUGGAUUAGUGGCCUGAACAACAUUUUCUAUAUGUUUGCCACGCUCAUCUGCGUCUUCACUUUGGACCGCAUCGGCCGUAGGUGGACUCUUUAUUGGGGCGCAGUUGGCCAGGGUAUCGCCAUGUUUCUCGCCGGCGCUUUCUCCAAGUUAGGUCAAGAUGCGACAGCGAGAGGAGAGAUUGAUAAGGCCAACUCUUACGGAGCCGCCGCAGCGUCCUUUGUCUUCAUUUUCACUUCUGUCUUUGGUGCAACUUGGUUGACGGUGCCUUGGCUGUAUCCUGCCGAAAUCUUCCCUCUCCAAGUACGAGCAAAGGGAAACGCUUGGGGUGUUUUCGGUUGGUCGAUCGGAAAUGGAUGGCUAACAUUGCUGUGUCCUGUCAUGUUCUCCAGCAUUGGCUCCACGACCUUACACAUCUUCGGUGCGUGUAACAUAGUAGCGAUCCCAAUCGUCUGGGCUUUUUACCCCGAGAGUAACCAGAGGACGCUUGAGGAGAUGGAUCUCUUGUUCGCCGCGCACAGCCCUUGGGUCUGGGACGCCGAGAAGAAAUUUGCGGAACUGAAGGAAGAGCAGCCAGACCUCGUCCAGGCCGCGAGAAGAGGCGAACACGUCGUUGACCCUGAGGCCGGCGUCCUUGUGCAUCCCGCAAAUUCAAAGCCGGAGGAUGCUGUCCACACGGAGAGCGAAGAGCAUGUGUCCCCUUAGACGUGUUUUUUGCUCAAGCUUCAGGCGACACUUCCGUGGAUGUCCGCAUGUAUACUUGCGUAUUCAUCUUUUGAUGCACUACAGCUAUCGGCAUAGGUCCCGAGUGAGUUGAUGGGAUGGGUGGUUUGUGAUUCCAUCUAGAGCGUCAGCUCCUAUUGUUCAAAGAAAA